AAAUCAGAAGCAAAAAGCUGCGCCCAACUACCUAAGGAUGGUUUCACUUCUAACGGCGUGUACACAAUCAAUCCAGAUGGUGGUAAACCAAUACGAGUGUUGUGUGACAUGACCAAGGACGGUGGAGGCUGGACCGUUUUUCAGAGACGUUUGGACGGCUCUGUUGACUUCUUUCGUGACUGGAAAUCUUACAAAGAGGGGUUCGGAAGUUUGAGCGGCGAGUUCUGGCUCGGAAAUGACAAUCUUCACCGUUUGACGGAUGCUAAUGACUUCAUGUUGAGAGUUGACUUGGAGGACUUUGAGGGGAACAUCACAUACGCCGAGUACAAGACAUUUAAGGUUGCAGACGAGGCUGAUAAGUACAGACUCACUCUCGGAGAAUACAAUGGCACCGCGGGAGAUUCCUUCAUGUAUCAUAGGUAUCGUAAAUAGUCAAGAAAUACAUGGGUGUUGAAUGUGUUUCGUUCUCUCUUUGUCUUGGGCCGAAUCAAUGAUCAACCAAAAACGUUUUCUUAACUCAGUCUUAUCAUCUCUCUUGAUAUUCUUUAAGUUAAAAGUGAAGUUGCCUCUGAGACUGACAGCCAUAGGAAUCGUGGAGGUCAUUGGGCAGAAUGUUUAUUGUUCUCGCGACAUUUACUUGCAGUGGCGAAAAGAUUAUAGAUCUGACACGGUUUUUUUGGAAAUGAGAACAAAAUUUAAGCACUUACUGAGAACCGAUCAUUCUGAAUCAGAGAGUGGUAAUUUUUCUGAAAUGUCAAUUGCUGUUUUGAGGCUUUCAGGCGAUGAGUCGCUAGUAUUUUGAGGACCGAUAAGUUGGUCGAGUUUAUGGACUUUAAUUUGGUACAAAUGGUUAAAAAGUUUAGAGCUGGCAUCCUGAAUUUUUCCACAAAUAGAUUGUACUAAAACAGCUGGACACAUUUCGGAAAGUUUACAGCGACAAUUUAGAAUUUGUUCGUUUGUUCGGCACAUUGCUCUGAUUGUGAUUCUCAUAAUAUCACCUGGCGUGAAAAAGCAUUGUGGGCGCACUGGAUUUGGUGACGACAUUGAGAUAAAGAAGAUACGUGAAAACUGGAGCGAAAACCAUAAGGAAUAACUUUGGAAUGAAGGCAACGGCCAAUGAAAUGGAUAUGGCUACAAUAAGAAUGGCUAAACGGUAUGCUAGAUCUUUACAAAUAGGAGGAAAAGGAACAAGGUAACUUACGAUUUCCUGGCGUAGUUCCUUCGUAAGUUUCUAUAGGUAGUUGUCCCACCCAACUUAUUUUCAGCUAUUCAGAUAAAAUUAUAGCACCUGUGGUCAAAACUUUACCAUCUUACAUUAAGAACAGCCAACACGCACUUGAAACUUUUCGUGACUUUAAUUUCCUUGGCCAAAACAAACCUAUUUUCUCUGAGGAUAUCAUUAUAUUCUAUCCUAUUGUGCCCUAUCCUAAACUACUGUAUUCUAUUCUGUUCUAUUUUAUUCUACUCUACGAUAUUAUAUUAUAAAUCUACAUCUUUAUCUCUGUCUCUCUCGCGUCUCUUGAUUCCUUCUUUAAAGCAACUUGUCAAAGUAGUUCCUUUAAGCAGAAUUGGUUUUCUGAGUUUUAAGGGAAAAUUUCAUUCCUCAUUAGCUAAACAGAAAUGAAAGAAGGCAACACAAGUUUUAUUCUUAUUCCAGCCAUAUGUAGUUUUCCACAAAAGAUCAAGAUAGUGAUGUGUAUGAGGUUUUUAUGUUGAACCUGGCCCCGGUUGUUCGAUGGGUGCAGAACACUAUUCACUGGAUAAAUCUCUAUCCGGUAGAUAGCGCAAAACGUUUUAGCGAUUUAUCCGUAGGACAGCGUUAUCCGCCCUGUGAAUAAGUAAGCCUGGUCUAUUUGUGAUUUAUCUCCAGGGCUUGUCCAUAUCACCAUUAUUAGAUUAACCUUUAGUUUGUUCCUAUUUUUAUAUUUGCAAAUGCUCAUUUCCUUGGUCGGGCGCUGAUGUGGGUUUGAGUGUCGCGUUAGCAAGUUUCCCUUAUGUGCUUCUAGUUACUUUCACUUAUAUUUCGUAUUCGUAUUUCUAGGGGGGCUUUUAUCCGUGGAUUUACUCAUUUCAUUUAUUCAUUUAGUGUUUGUCACCGAAUUAGAUUUUCAAAGAAAGUAUCCAGUUGUGGAUAGGCUUAAACUCACGCGCAAGUCUUACGGAAAAAAAACCUUAAAUGUACAACUUUUUAUAUAGAGAGACAACGAAGAUGGGCAGGGAGCAGACAUCAAAUUCAAAUUUAGUUGAGUCUUCAGCGACAACUCGGGGAGGGGACGGUCUAGAGACUCCACCCCCCCCCCUCCCUAUAAAACCCGUGAGUAAGUUUAUUCCAUGUCUUUAACCAAAAUUCUUUCAACGACGGGAUUGCAUAUUACCACUAAAAGUAUUAAUUAAAAGUUCAAAUUUCAUCAAACAAGUGUUAAAUUAUUUGAGCUCUAGUUUAGACUGUGUUUUCCGAAUCAAGUGUUGUAACCCACCCAAUAAAAAAUUCCUGGAUCCCUUUGUAACUUUUAAGUCCACAGGACGUUUGUUUACCAUUGGAGUGGGGAUCAGCUCCGCCUCCCUCCUCCCCAGUCCUCCCCUGACAAUGUAUUCCUGAUUUUGCCUUAAUCUCGUUUAUUUUUUUCUUUUACUGACGAAAGCUGUAUAUCUACACUCUUAAUAAAAACUUGCGUUGCUCAAGGGCUCAUUGGAGGCUCCUAUAAUGAGGACCUGAUCGCAGUCAAAACACUAAAAUUAAAUCAAAGUUGUCUUAAAGUCCGUGUCUAAAUUUCUAUAAACACUUGACUCUAAAAUUCAAACAUAAAAUUGCAACUACCAAAACAUCUUAUCAGAAGUUGCCAACGCCAGUUAUAGGAACGCUUUUGAUUUUACACAGUGACUCUACAAUAACGAGUCUUGUUUACUUGAUCGAUUUUAAUUUGAAAUUUCAACAAGUUCAAGAUUAAUAAUUAAUACUGUGAAGUUGAAAACCGAAGAGUUGUGAUAAACAUCAAAUAUUGAAAGAUGCCGAGGCAUUUAAGUGACAGAUUCCGAAGUAUGUAUCUGCUUAAACUGCUUCUAGUGUCUCUAACGAUCGCUUUUACAUACGGAGACCCUCGAAUGAUGACACCUGUCUUCCAAGCCGUUAACUUUGCCAGAGAAAUAAGAGGUCGACGCCUUAAUGGAAGUGUUAUUAGAGAAAUACAGGUGGAUUCAGAGAGUUCUUGUCGACUACAUUGCGUGAAAGAAAGCUCAUGUCUGUCAUACAACUUUGGAUCCACAAUAAACAACAAGAAGUUUAAAUGUCAACUAAGCGACUCCGAUCGCUUUGCUAGUUUUAAGAAUUUCACCGAAGACAAUAAAUUUCUCUACCGAGGAGUGAAGGUAAGAAACUUUAGAUCUAGUUUUUCUAGAAGGAAAUAGGUAAGCAUUAUAUACCCUGUAGAAUAAACUUUUUUAAAAUGUAUGCUGACGUGAUGUGUAAACUUUUGAGUGUUUCAAGGUUCUAAACAACUUCGGAUUAUAGGAAAAAACUCAAAUUUCCUCACUUUUAAUGAAACAAAGACAGUGUAACCAACUGUGUUAUUAAAACCACAUAUCCUUGAUGUUCUUGUCUCAAAUUGAAAGAUGAGAGUUCGUUCGAAUAUCAUUCUGAAAAGAAUUGGAAAGAGAAUGGAAAAAAAUAGGACGAAAAUUCUUACAAAGUUCUUAACAUUUCGUCGAUCUCGUUAGAUCAAGCUCGAUUUAUCCUUUUCAUUUUUGAUAGGAAGUUUCGACUUGAUUCUAUUAAUGUGAGAGAUAAACAUCUGCAGCAUACAAAGAAUGUUUUCACUUGUUUGAAUUUAUGUAAAAUAUAUUCAUUUCAUGGGAAACAAUCCAUGUGCAUGCUUUAUGAAUAAGCUUAUUGUGAUAAAAAAAUAUUUCAUCUGUGAGGCCAUUAAAAUUUAAAUUUCAUUGUAUAAUCCGUUUGGUAUCGUGACUAUCGUGACUAAUUUUGCUCAAGAAAGAGGUAUCUUUAACAACCCUGACGUGACAAAUGCACAUGAUUUUUUUGAACGAAACGUUUUAACUGAAAUGUUCUUUGAAUUCUCUUUCUUCCUUCACUACCCCACCUCUUUCUAACAAAAAAUACUUAUGGAAGAUCUUUCAAACAUAAAAAAUCGUAAUUAAUUUAAGAGAUCCUCGCAGCUAAGAACACUACUGAACUUGUGAUUGAAAGUAGGACCUGAAAAAAUUCAGGUCCGUACGGGAUUUGAACCCAUGAUCUGUGCGAUACCGGUCCAAAUAAACCAUUCAAGUGAUGAAUAAUGAUUUUAGAUGUAUGAAAUUUAUAUAUUUACACUGCGGUGAAGAAACGAGUUUAAGAGAUCCUCGCAGCUAAGAGCACCACUGAACUAGUAGUUGAAAAUAGGACCUGAAAAGCUAGCUCAGUUGGUAGAGCGCUGCACCGGUAUCGCUGAGGUCAUGGGUUCAAAUCCCGUACGGACCUGAAUUUUUUUCAGGUCCUAUUUUCAACUACUAGUUCACUUGUGUUCUUAGCUGCAAGGAUCUCUUACAUUCGUUUCUUCACCGCAAUACAAAUAUAUAAAUUUCAUAUAUCUAAAAUCAUAAAAAAUCGUGAUAAAUAAAAUGAAAUAAAGAAACGUUUGCUCGGAAUUCGGAGAGCCCAACCGUGUCCUACGUAGCCCGACGUGAUUCGCUAUUUAAGUGUAAAAGUAUGACGAAGGUUAGAGAUUGACAGCUCUGCAAGUGUCACCUUUAUAAGCGGUGACUCACACUUUCCUUGAGAGAUCGGAGCUAGUCCCCGUUGUAAUAACUUGAGUAGUAAGAGUGAAUAAAGAAAGGGACAACAAAAUAACGAGUGUUAGGAACUAUUUUCUAAUAAUUUAUAGAAAGUUGGGACGGUGACCCUCACUUUCCUCGAGAGAUCAGAGCUAGUCCCGGUUGUGACAACUAGUGUAAAAGGAAAGAAUAAAGAAAAAGUCAACAGAACGAGUGUUAUAGUAAAUUUUACACUUAACACAAGACCCCCUCCCGCUUAACAAGGACUAAAGGGAUUAAAUUGAAGUAAUAAAAGGUUGGAGGAGUCAAUGUGUCACAAAUACUGUCGCCGAUUGUAGGUUUUUAGUACUGUUAAAGGUUGUAAGACUUGAAAUCGACGUGUAAGUUGGCAAGGAUUUGUUCUGUCUGUGCACUAUUCGCCAUUACUUCUAACUUGUUAAAAUUGCAGUGCAGAUUCCAUUUUUUGGUCCAUGCUGCUAGCUCAUCGAUAUCGAAUUGUGGCUCCUGUUUUUCUUUUUCUACGUUUUCCAGUUCCUUUCAUAUCUUAGUGUCAUCAGCGGACACUAAUUUAAUAGUGUUGGAAAUGUUUGAUGAUAUUUCAUUGACGCAUAUUAAGAAGAGAAUGGGAACAAGGAUCGUGCCACGAAGACACAAAUAACACUCGGGUCCAGGAAGAUUAAGUGCCACGCACCAGGACACGUUUUGGGCAGCCAAAGAGAAUUCUACACCAAGAUAGUAGACUGAGGUCUAUCUAUUCCAUGCCAUUUUAGCUAAGGCACCAAUCGUUCAUGGGGUACGAAAUCGAAUGCUUUCGGAAGGUCUAAAAAUGACAUCCGUUGGUCUUGAUUUGUGUCUGAGUCAGUCGUUAAAACAAGAAAUAUAUUUAGUUAUCUUAUUCAACACAUUGUCUGCUGUAAAUGCACUGCGGGUGCAAUCUAUAACAAGCCAGAAAGUACGCAGCGAAAACAUUAAGUUUGCCCGGUUGAUUUAACUUUACUUCAGAAAAAAUGAUGUCGAUAUGCAGGUGCUUUUAAACAAUUUGAGCCUCGCGGUCUGAAGCCGUUCUACUGAUAUUUUCCCCUCUUUUGCGACAGAGAAGUGAUCCCCAGUUUCUUUUAAGCCCACCGGUGGGCAGAUUUCAGAACAAUUCAAUGAUACUCGAUCGUCCUUAUCUGAGAAGACUAAAAAGUCUAACUGUUUGGAGUUAUCAGAGCAAAGCUAACGCAUUGCCCUCAGUUAUUUUAAAACCCUGACAGUUAGUCUGGUCAGGGAACCUAAUGUUGGCCUCUCUGGAAGCUUAUGAUCUGAUUCAAUCUGAGAAUAUGAAACACAUGCAAUUUUAAAAGUCUAUCAGUCAAUCAAUUCAUAGGGUACCUGUAUUUUAAUAUAAGUAAUCAGGUGCUUUUGUUUUAACAGAGUGAUUGUGAGGUCAGCUCUUCCCUUUGUGCAGAAAACGAGAUCUGUGUUCCCAACUAUAAAGACAACACUGCAGAAUGCAGAUGUCGUUAUGCUUCUGGAUAUACGGGAAAACCAUGCGGUGAGUAUCAUGUCUAACGCUUUCACUAGUUUGCCACUUUAUAUUGACUGACAGCAUGCGUUAAGUCUUAAAUAUCACAAUUUGGAUCAAGUAAAAUGACUCUUACAGCUCAUCCACCCUGGUCAAUUAAUUAAUUUGAGCUCUAUUAAUUAUUUCUUUUUCUUCUAAAAACAGAAGCGAAAUGCUGCGCUCAACUACUUAAAGAUGGUUUCACUUCCAAUGGCGUGUACACCAUCAAUCCAGAUGGCGGUAAGCCAAUACCAGUGUUGUGCGACAUGACCACAGACGGUGGAGGUUGGACCGUUUUCCAGAGACGUAUGGACGGUUCCGUUGACUUCUAUCGUAACUGGAAAGCUUACAAAGAGGGGUUCGGAAGUUUGAGCGGCGAGUUUUGGCUCGGAAACGACAAUCUUCACCGUUUGACGAAUGCUAAUGACGUCAUGUUGAGAGUUGACUUGGAGGACUUUCAGGGGAAUAUCACAUACGCCGAGUACAAGACAUUUAAGGUGGCAGACGAGGCUGAUAAGUACAGACUCACUCUCAGAGAAUACAAUGGCAAAGCGGGAGAUUCCUUCAUGGGUCAUAGGUAACAUAAAUAGUUAAGAAAUGCAUUGGUGUUGAAUGUCUCAUGCACGCUUAACUCUUAUAUUCUCUCUUGAUAUUCUUUAAGUGUAAAGUUCCCUCUGAAAAUGAAAGAUAUAGGAAUUGUAGAGGUCAUUAAGCAGAAUGCCUAUUGUUCUCGCAGUGGCGAAAAUAUUAUAGAUCUCUGAUAUAAGCGGCGAAGCGUAAACGGGAAGACUCUCAUUGGUCGAAGAUCACACGCGCUUUCCUCCGUAACGAGAAAACAAAAAUAAGUCAGUUGAAUGAAAAGCGCUCGUCGAUACCCUGGAGAUUAAGAAUGCCGAUUUGAAAGAUAAUUUUUUGUUCUACAGUUUUGCGGCUUUCCGAACUGCCUACAUGUAGGGAAAGGCCGCAAACUGCCAUAUGCUGCCUAGAAUGAUUAGGGAGAUUAAACUGUCUAGCGACUGGUUUGGAUGCGUGAGGGUCAUUUCUUUCUACGUCGCGAAGGUGUUCUCGGAAUCGGUCACCGAAUCGUCUUCCUGUUUCACCAAUGUAUAACUUUUUGCAAUAAGUGCAAGUUAUGCAGUUAAUGACCUGCCGUAGGUGCACGUUAAGUGAUCAGUGAUCUUAAUGGCUCCCUUAGGUCCCGUAACUGCGUGGUUGUGAGGGUGAAAUGUGAGAGUGAAUGGAAUGCAAUCGGUGUUUUCCUUCUCAGCCGUUUUUAAUGCUGACUGUCGAUCGAUUUGUUGGGCACGGUAUGAAAUUCUUGACGUGUGGUGGAUGCGAAGAUUAAUAUAACAAGUACCUAUAUCUUGCUAGUAAACACUAGUCCAUAGAACGUUGCCUUCAAUUGAAAUUUUGGUGUCUAGAAUAGCCAAAGAAGUGUCGGAAACUUCCCAAGUAUAUUUAAGAACUGGAUGAAAGGAAUUGACGACGAUUACAAAUUAAGUGAGCUCCUCUCUGGUAGAAGAGGUAGCGCCGAUGUAGCUAUCAAUGUAGCGGUCGUAAAGUUCAGGUUCAGUGGGGCCGUGGUAUUGACUAAAAAAAUUGGUGUUCGAUAAAACCUACGAAAAGAUUGGCUUAGCUGGGUACCAUAGUUGUAUCCAUGCCGGCUACGCCAUUAGUUUGUUUGUACUAGUUGCCAUCGAGUGAAAAGUAAUUGAGUAUAAGUACUAGUUCGGUUAGACGGAGUAGUGUUUCAGAGCUAGGUUCCUUAAUAAUGCGUUGAGACCUCCAUUGUUGGGAAUGACUAUAAAGAGAUGAAAUAUCCAUAGUAAAAAUAAGUUUGUUUUGGCUAAGGAAGUUAAAGUCACGAAAACUUCAAGUGCGUGUUGGCUGUCCUUUAUGUAAGAUAGUAAAGUUUUGACGUACAUGCCAUAAUUUUGUCUAAAUAGCUGGAAAUAAGUUCGUUCGACAACUGCAGGAAAAAAAACGAUGGGUCGGUCGGCCUGGGUGGUUAGGUUUGUGGAUUUGAGGUAAAAAGUAAAUACAUAGGAGUGUUGAUGGUAAGAUUUUUUGCAGUGGCGAGCAAUUCUUGUUUAGUUAGAAGAUCGUUAAUAGUGUUUUUCACAAUUUUUUGAUUAAUGAAAGUGAGAUCUUUUUCAACUUUGGCAUAAAAAGAGGUGUCAGAAAGUUGACGCAAAGCUUCUUUUUGGUAGAGGUCGGUCAGCCGAACAAAGACUGCACAGCCUGUGUUGGCCGCUUUAAUAACUAUGUCUUUGCGUUUUUUAGUCUUCUUAAUGUCGACCACUCUUUUGAAGAAAGGUUGGAAAUUUGGUGUUACGAUUAUUUUAGUCUUUUAAUAUCGUGGCGAUAUUUUUUGAUGAAAAAAUCUAAAGAUGUGAAUUGGACCUCUGGGGGAGUCCAUUUAGACUUUCGAAUCUGAAGUGUUUCGAAAGAAUCUUUGAUCGAGGAAUCAUCCUCUUUGUCGUGAAAAAAUAGCUUUCAAUUAAACGCGGCGAAGGAUUUUUUAAGGUCUUGCUUGACUGAAAAUUCGUCGAUUUUUUUAAAAAUGGGAUCAAAAUUUAACCUCUAACUGCGAACUGAUUUUUUUUUAAUCCGAAAUUGGUAAUUUUUCUGGAAUGCUAAUUGCAGUUUUGAGGCUUUCAGGCGAUGAGUCGCUAGUAUUUUGAGGACCGAUAAGUUGGUCGAGUUUUUGGGCCUUAAUUUGGUGAAAAUGGUUAACAAGGUUUAGAAAUGGCAUCCUGAAUUUUGGCACAAACAGAUUGUACUAAAACAGCUGGACACAUUUUGGAAAGUUCAAAGCGGCAAUGUAGAAUUUUUUCGUUGAGUUCGUUAUGUUUUUAGCACAUAGCACGGAUUGUAAUUUUCAUAAUAUCACCUAGCGUGAAAAAGCGUUAUGGGCGCACUGAAUUUGGUGACGACAUUUAUUAGAAUGAGAAAAAGAAGAUGCCUGAAAAUUGGAGCGAAAACCCUUAGGAAUAACUUUGGAAUGAAGGCAACGGCUAAUGAAAUGGAUAUGGCUACAAUAAUAAUGGCUAAACGGAAUGCUAGAUCUUUACUAAUAGGAGGAAAAGGAACAAGGUAACUUACGAUUUCCUGGCGUAGCUCCUUGAUAAGCUUCUAUAGGUAGUUGUCCCACCCAACUUAUUUUAGAUAAAAUUAUAAUACCUAUGGUCAAAACUUUACCAUCUUACAUUAAGGACAGCCAACACGUACUUGAAACGUUUUGUGACUUUAAUUUCCUUGGCCAAAACAAACUUAUUUUCACUAAGGAUAUCAUUAUAUUCUAUCUUAUUGCGUCCUAUCCUAAACUACUGUAUUCUGCUCUAUCCUAUUCUAUUCUACUCUACGAUACUGUAUUAUAAAUCUACCUCUUUAUCUCUGUCUCUCUCGCGUUUCUUUAUUCUUUCUUUAAAGCAAUUUUUCAAAGUAGUUUCCCUAAGCAGAAUUGGUUUUAUAAGUAUUAAGAGAAAAUCUCUUUCCUCGAUGGCUAAACAGAAAUGAGACAGGGCAACUUAAGUCUUAUUCUUAUUCCAGCCAUAUGCAGUUUUCCACGAAAGAUCAAGAUAGUGAUCUAUAUGGUAAAAGCUGUGCCCAACUCUACAAAGGGGCCUGGUGGUACGAAAGCUGCCAUGCGUCCAAUCUAAACGGAUUGUAUUUGAAUGGCCAACAUGCCUCUCAUGCUGAUGGAGUCAACUGGGGCACGUUGAGAGGCCAUCACUACUCACUAAAACGCACCGAGAUGAAAGUAAAAGCCAAGGGAUAA